CGUACUUCUGUUUCUGUGCUUUUUUAUGUGAUUGUGAUCCAGUUUCCUUGCAUACCUCUGUUUACCUGCAUGGACACUGAAUAAAGAAGAUUGAUCUCAUGUUUCCUUGCUUUAAUUUGUAAUUGUGAACAAUCUAACUUCUUUCCCUUUGAUUAUUUAAUGACUUAACCUUUUUUCUGUAGCUACGCUUUGUUUAAUAUGUUCGAUGACUUGAUACUCCUGGCAAAAGGUGGCCUUACUGUAUAUCAUGGAUCAGUCAAGAAAGUUGAAGAAUACUUUGCAGACCUCGGGAUAAAUAUACCAAAACGAAUUAAUCCUCCUGAUUACUUCAUUGACAUUUUGGAAGGCAUAGCAGUACCUAGUGGAAGUUCAGAAGUCAGUUAUAAGGAGCUGCCACUUAGAUGGAUGCUUCAUAAUGGAUACCCCAUACCUCCUGAUAUGCAGCAGAAUGCAGCACAACUUGGUAUGUUUGAAACUGCAAACCCAGCUAGAGAAAAAGAUCCCGAUGGCUCUAGCCAUGAAGAAAGAAGCUUUGCUGGAGAAUUAUGGCAUGAUGUGAGACAUGCGAUGGAACUAAAGGGGGAGAAAAUAAGAUUCAAUUUUUUUAAAUCGAAGGAUUUAUCUGAACGUAAAACUCCUGGUAUAUUCAAGCAAUACAAAUACUUCCUUAUACGGGUUGGUAAACAGAGAUUACGAGAAUCUAAGAUCCAAGCUAUAGAUUAUUUAAUAUUAUUACUUGCUGGAGCCUGCUUAGGAUCACUUACCAAAGCUAGCGAUCAGACCUUUGGUGCAGCUGGAUACACCUAUACAGUGAUUGCUGUAUCUCUUUUAUGCAAAAUAUCUGCCCUGAGAUCCUUUUCUCUAGACAAAUUACACUACUGGAGGGAGAGUGAUUCUGGCAUGAGCAGCUUGGCGUAUUUCCUCUCCAAAGACACAAUCGAUCAUUUCAAUUCAGUGAUCAAACCUGUGGUUUACCUGUCAAUGUUCUACUUUUUUACCUAUCCAAGAUCAACUUUUGCAGAUAAUUACAUUGUGCUGCUUUGUCUUGUAUAUUGUGUGACUGGCAUAGCAUAUGCAUUUGCCAUACUCUUUGAACCCGGUGCAGCCCAGCUAUGGUCGGUACUUCUUCCAGUUGUUUUUACUCUCAUUGCGACACAGCCAAAAGAUAGUAAAUUUUUGAAGGAUAUAGCUUAUUUUUGCUACCCUAGGUGGGCUUUAGAAGCGUUCAUAAUUGCAAAUGCUGAAAGGUAUCACGGGGUGUGGCUCUUAACUCGUUGUGGUUCACUACUGAAAAGUGGGUAUAAUCUUCAUGAUUGGGGUUUGUGCAUAUCUAUCCUCAUUCUCAUGGGUGUAAUUUCUCGGACAGUAGCAUUUUUCUGUAUGCUCACCUUUCUAAAGAAAUAAGGCCAAUCUGGGAGCUGUCACAGUCACAAACUAGAACUUGGGGUGUGCAAAUAUGAAGGAAAACAUAUACUUCUGGAUCGAGUACUUUAGUAUCCUCAUAGUUCAAGAAUGUGUGAUUAAUGCGUUGGGGCUGAUGUUGGUUAUUUACUCAUCAUGCAAAAUCCAGUUGAUAAGAUAAUGCUUUGUAGCACAUUUAAAUUCAUGUCAGCUGCCUGCUUUUUUUUUUUAUAUGUUAUUCUUUUCUAGUUAUGAUCAGUUUUUGUUUCCUACCCCUAGUUUAUUUUAAAAUGGUCCCUUUGUCCUUUCUAUUUUAUAACAUGGUUUUCUAAUUCUAUGUUUUGUUCCCAUCA